CGCUUCAGCACCCUCCCAGAAAUCCCCACACUGCGCAUGCGCGGCUAAAGCGCGCUACCGCAGACAGGGGGCGUCAACAUGGCGCUGUCUCCUCCGCGACCGCACUGACUGCAACCUGCCAAUGAGAGAGAGAGCGAGAGAGAGAGGAGAGAGACAGAAAGAGGAGAGAAAGCGAGAGAAGCGUAGGUUUCCAUUCCUGUCAAGCCUCCAUCAUUUUUUUCUCCUACACCUAUGAGUCCCUACACAUUUUCAGGUGGAUAGGGUGAAUUUCCAGAGUUUUUCAAACGCCGCUCCCCCUUGUUUCACCUGCGCAGUGGAUGGUUUUUGUUCGGCGGCAGCAGCAGACGCCCGAGCUUGUAGAGCAGGUGUGAGGGACAGCGGCGACCGCUCCUCUCCUCCCUGUUUCCGAGGGGAAAUGUCGAGCGAGAAGCCGGUUUCAGCACCACCGGGCUCUGCUUCUUCGCUCACGGACACGGACCGAGAGUCCCAUCCUCCGGCGGGCUCCUCCGCGCAGCAGCCGCCGCCACCGCAGCAGCAGCAGCAGGUCGCCGCGGGCGCUGGCUCCGGCACCGGCACCACCGGGGAAAGGAUGGUGUCUGCAGCCGGCUCUAUGGUCCUCCCAGCCGGGGUGAUCAACCCCGCUGUUCCGAUAAGGAAUAUCCAGAUGAAAUUUGCCGUGCUGGUGGGCCUGAUCCAGGUCGGGGAGGUUAGCAACAGGGACAUCGUGGAGACGGUGCUGAACCUGCUGGUGGGCGGCGAGUUUGACCUGGAGAUGAACUUCAUCAUCCAGGAGGCGGAGAGCAUCGGCUGCAUGGUGGAGCUGCUUUCCCACUGCGAGGUGACGUGCCAGGCGGAGAUCUGGAGCAUGUUCACAGCCAUACUCCGCAAGAGUGUGCGCAACCUGCAGACCAGCACCGAGGUCGGCCUCAUCCAGCAGGUGUUGCUGAAGAUGAGCACUGUGGACGACAUGAUCGCGGACCUUCUGGUGGACAUGCUGGGAGUCAUGGCCAGCUACAGCAUCACAGUCAAGGAGUUGAAGCUGCUCUUUAGUAUGCUGAGGGGCGAAAACGGCAUCUGGCCAAGACACGCUAUCAAGCUGUUGUCAGUGUUGAACCAGAUGCCACAGAGACACGGCCCGGACACCUUUUUCAACUUUCCAGGCCGGAGUGCAGCGGCUAUAGCUUUACCACCAAUUGCCAAAUGGCCAUAUCAGAACGGAUUCACUAUCAACACUUGGUUCAGGCAGGAUCCACUCAACAACAUCAAUGUGGAUAAAGACAAGCCGUACCUCUACUGUUUUCGCACCAGUAAAGGAAUAGGUUACUCCGCGCACUUUGUGGGAAACUGCCUCAUUGUGACAUCGUUGAAGUCGAAAGGAAAAGGCUUUCAGCACUGCGUGAAAUAUGAUUUCCAGCCCCGCAAGUGGUAUAUGAUCAGCAUCGUCCACAUCUACAACCGCUGGAGGAACUCUGAGAUCCGUUGCUAUGUGAACGGUCAGCUGGUCUCCUAUGGUGACAUGGCCUGGCAUGUCAACACCAACGAUAGUUACGACAAGUGUUUCCUGGGUUCAUCAGAGACAGCAGAUGCUAACAGGGUGUUCUGCGGUCAGCUGGGAGCCAUUUACGUUUUCAGUGAAGCUCUCAACCCAGCUCAGAUUUUUGCUAUUCACCAGCUCGGCCCAGGAUACAAGAGCACUUUCAAGUUCAAGUCCGAGAGCGACAUCCACUUGGCUGAGCACCACAAGCAGGUGUUGUAUGAUGGAAAGCUGGCCAGCUCCAUCUCUUUCACCUACAACGCCAAGGCAACGGAUGCCCAGCUCUGCCUGGAGUCGUCGCCCAGGGAAAACCCUUCCAUCUUCGUCCACUCACCGCACGCACUCAUGCUACAGGAUGUGAAGGCUAUUGUUACCCACUCCAUCCACAGUGCCAUUCACUCUAUAGGAGGCAUACAGGUCCUGUUCCCUCUCUUUGCUCAGCUGGACUACAAGCAGCUCAAUGACAGCAGUGUGGAUACCACUGUCUGUGCUACUCUGCUGGCAUUCCUGGUGGAGCUGCUGAAAAGCUCAGUGGCCAUGCAGGAGCAAAUGCUGGGCGGUAAAGGCUUUCUGGUGAUCGGAUACCUGCUCGAGAAGUCUUCACGGGUCCACAUCACCAGGGCAGUGCUCGAGCAGUUCCUGUCCUUUGCCAAGUAUCUGGAUGGUUUACCUCAUGGAGCGCCACUCCUCAAACAGCUCUGUGACCAUGUCCUCUUCAACGCUGCCAUCUGGAUACACACCCCCGCCAAGGUCCAGCUGUCCCUGUACACAUACCUGUCAUCAGAGUUCAUCGGCACUGCCACCAUCUACACCACCAUUCGCCGCAUCGGCACCGUCCUGCAGCUGAUGCACACUCUGAAGUACUACUACUGGGCAAUCAACCCCCUGGAGUGCAGUGGAAUCACCCCCAAAGGUCUUGAUGGACCACGACCGUCCCAAAAGGAGAUCAUCUCACUCAGAGCCUUCAUGCUCCUCUUCCUCAAACAACUUAUACUCAAGGACCGGGGCGUGAAGGAGGACGAGCUGCAGAGCAUUCUCAACUAUCUACUGACCAUGCAUGAGGAUGAGAAUAUUCACGACGUGCUCCAGCUGUUAGUGGCCCUUAUGUCUGAACACCCGGCGUCCAUGAUCCCUGCAUUUGACCAGAGAAACGGCAUAAGGGUAAUCUGCAAGCUCCUGGCCUCUAAGAGUGAGAGUAUCCGGGUCCAGGCACUCAAAGUUCUGGGCUACUUCCUCAAGCACCUUGGUCACAAGAGAAAGGUUGAGAUCAUGCACACACACAGCCUAUUCACGCUGCUGGGAGAGAGGCUGAUGAUGCACACCAACACCGUCUCUAUCACCACCUACAAUACUCUGUAUGAGAUUCUGACUGAGCAGGUCUGCACUCAGGUGGUUCACAAACCACACCCAGACCCCGACUCCACUGUCAAGAUCCAGAAUCCCAUGAUUCUGAAAGUGGUGGCCACCUUGCUGAAGAACUCCAGUCCCAGUGUGGAGCUGAUGGAAGUCAGGAGACUUUUUCUUUCUGACAUGAUAAAACUCUUCAGUAACAGCCGCGAGAACCGCCGCUGCUUGCUGCAGUGCUCCGUGUGGCAGGACUGGAUGUUCUCCCUCGGAUACAUCAACCCCAAGAACCCAGAAGAGCAGAAAAUAACCGAGAUGGUGUACAACAUAUUUAGGAUCCUUCUCUACCAUGCCAUCAAAUACGAAUGGGGAGGAUGGAGGGUCUGGGUGGACACCCUUUCAAUAGCACACUCCAAGGUGACCUAUGAAGCCCAUAAGGAGUAUUUGGCGAAGAUGUAUGAGGAGUACCAGCGACAGGAGGAGGAAAACAUGAAGAAGGGAAAGAAAGGCUCAGUUUCCACCAUCUCCGGCCUCUCUGCCACACCUGCGCCUGUCGUCAAUGGCAACUUGGAGAUCGAUGACAACUCCCAGACGCAGACACCUGAGAGUGAGGCGGAGUACAGCGAGGGGGCCGCCGCAGACUCGCGCAACCUCCUCGCAGAAGGCGCGGUGAAGAGACCUAACGGAGAAACACUGACACCUGGGGAGCAAAGUGCAGGUCCAGGCGUGAGAGUGGAGGUCCAUGACCUUCUGGUAGACAUUAAAGCAGAGAAAGUAGAAGCCACGGAAGUAAAGCUGGAUGACCUGGACCUGUCUCCCGAAGGUCUUGGUGGAAGUGUAGGUGGAGGAGGUGGGGGAGGAAUGGAAAAUGGACCUCUGGUUGAGGUAGAUUCUCUCUUGGACAGUGCUUAUUGCAGUGUGGUUCAGAACCUAAAUGGGAAUCUGGCGCCUAAAGAUGACACAUCUGGUUCGGGGGUUGGAAUGGGGACAAACCUCGGGCUUUCAGGAGUCAGCCUAGAUGAUGAUGGGAACAUGGGUCCCCUCAUCACAUUGGCCGAUGAGAAAGACAGUGUCCCGAGCAACAACGGAUUUCUCUUCAGUAAGGUUGAUGAGAAGUUGCUUCCAGCUUUGGCAGCCACAGACCCCCUCGUACUGCCCAGUCCAGACCAGCCCACUCCAUCCGGCCCAGCCCCAGCUCACUCCACCACCAGCGCCAGUGAUGACCUCAGCCUGCUGGCCCACAUGACCAGCUGCGGCUCUGAUUUAACACAGACCCAAAGCCACACUACCGGUGAACUUCCAGAGGACGGGCCCUUCAAGAUCCAAAGCCCUCUUGCUGACAUCAGCUCAAUUGCUGAGGCUGAGAGCCAGACCCAGGGAACCUCUAGACCAGAUUUCCCAGAGGGAGAGGGCACAGCCGGUGCAGACGCAGAGACUGCAGGGCUUAAGACUGGAGGAGAUACAGCCAGCACCACCUCUGACACAGAGAGGUCAGAUGAUGGGAAAGACAAGGACACAAAGAAGAUCCAAACUACUGCAACCACUCAGGCCCUCCACGGUCGCACUGCAGCCCAGUUGGAGAGGGACCUACGCGUCGAUUUGGGUUUCAGGGGUAUGCCCAUGACGGAGGAGCAGCGGCGUCAGUUCAGCCCAGGCCCGCGCACAACCAUGUUCCGAAUCCCAGAAUUCAAGUGGUCUCCAAUGCACCAGAGGUUGCUCACUGACCUGCUGUUUGCCCUGGAGACAGAUGUGCAUGUGUGGAGGAGCCACUCCACGAAGUCGGUGAUGGACUUUGUGAACAGCAAUGAAAACAUCAUCUUCGUCCACAACACGAUCCACCUCAUUUCUCAGAUGGUGGACAACAUCAUCAUUGCCUGUGGAGGCAUUCUGCCUCUCCUGUCUGCUGCCACCUCCCCUUCUAAUUCUAAGAGUAGUGCCAACACUAAGGCAGGAGGAGCCGGACCCCAGAGGGGGUCAAAGGGAGAGGAGGUGACCCCUGUUCCUGGGGGAGGAGGCGCAGGGGGAGAGACGGAGUUGGAGAACAUCGAGGCGACGCAGGGGAUGUCUUCAGAGACGGCCGUCACUUUCCUCUCUCGUCUCAUGGCCAUGGUGGACGUGCUGGUGUUUGCCAGCUCCCUCAACUUCAGUGAGAUUGAAGCGGAGAAGAACAUGUCAUCAGGAGGGCUGAUGAGGCAGUGCCUCCGCCUCGUAUGUUGUGUGGCGGUUAGGAACUGCCUGGAGUGCAGGCAGAGACAGAGAGAUCGGAGUUGCAAGUCCUCCUUAACCAGCAGCAAGUCACAGGACAGCCUCCACAGUGCCUCCACCGCCAGCAAGCAGGAUCCAGACAGACUUCUCCAGGAUGUAGACAUUAAUCGUCUCCGAGCUGUGGUUUUCAGAGAUGUGGAUGACAGUAAGCAGGCUCAGUUUCUGGCGCUGGCAGUUGUUUACUUUAUCUCAGUUCUCAUGGUUUCGAAGUACCGGGACAUUUUGGAGCCCCAGCGAGAGAUUGGCAGAUCUACCAGCUUAUCCGGGAGAAGCAUCCGCCACGAGAUUAACUCCCCAACCAGUACAGAACAUCCAUCCACAGCCUUCUCCGACCGCGACAAACAGACCCCCACCCCUGUGGAUGACUCCCCACGUGCCGGCCUUCCACACACAGACUCGGGCAUUGGAGAAGAGGGUCAUGUGAGCGGAUCGCUAAACGGUUCGGAGAUGGGUCUUGGACUCGGGCUCGGCCUGGUGGGGAGAGAGACGGAUAAAGACAGAGACAGAGACAUCGGAGGAGGAAGUGGGGGAGGAGGCACAGAUCUGUUAUGCAGUCUGUCAUCUGAUGUUAGAAGGUCACAGGAGAGCCUUUUGGAUUCUCCCCAUAACCCCGGCUCCACCCCCAACACUAGUCAAGCCCCGCCUUCAUCCAUCUCCAGCAUCAGUCAAACAAACAAAGGCAUCAAUGUCAAGGAAAUCCUGAAGAGCCUGGUGGCAGCUCCCGUUGAUGGAGGGGACUUGGGGCAGGAGUCUGGGCCAACUCCCUAUCACCCAGACCCUGCCUUGAAGACGCACCCCAUGCUGCCCAUGCAGUUCCACUCCUUCGACAGGAGUGUCGUGGUUCCAGUCAAAAAGCCUCCACCCGGCAGCCUGUCAGUCAACACUGUGGGCACGCCCACCACUAGCGGGGGAGCCUCAGCUGGCAGCACACCCAACAUUUUUGCUGCUGCAACAGCAACACCCAAGAGCAUGAUCAACACUACAGGUGCCGCAGAUUCGGCCUCCUCAUCCUCAUCUUCCUCUUCAUCCUUUGUCAAUGGUGCAACUAGUAAGAAUCUGCCAGCGGUGCAGACAGUGGCACCCAUGCCGGAAGACACCAUGGAGAAUAUGAGUGCCUAUUGUGAGGUGGCGCAGUGUGCGCUGCGCAGCGGUCAGACGCCCCCUGAGCUCAAGUCUUUUAGCUCUCUGGCUGGCUUCCAGGCAGCCCCCCGAGAUGCAGGACAGUGUUUUAGUAUCACCACAAAGCUGGAGCGCGCUUUGGAGAAGGUGGCCCCUUUGCUCAGGGAGAUAUUUGUGGACUUUGCUCCGUUCCUGUCCAGGACGCUGCUGGGUAGCCAUGGGCAGGAGCUGCUCAUAGAAGGUCUGGUGUGUAUGAAGUCUAGCACGUCUGUGGUGGAGCUCGUAAUGCUGCUCUGUUCUCAGGAGUGGCAGAACUCCAUUCAGAAGAAUGCCGGACUCGCUUUCAUUGAGCUUAUCAAUGAGGGAAGACUCCUGUGCCAUGCCAUGAAGGAUCAUAUUGUGCGGGUUGCCAAUGAAGCAGAGUUCAUCCUGAACAGACAGAGGGCUGAGGAUGUACACAAACAUGCUGAAUUUGAGUCUAACUGUGCGCAGUACGCUGCAGACCGAAGGGAGGAGGAGAAAAUGUGUGAUCACCUCAUCAGCGCCGCUAAGCACAGAGAUCAUGUGACUGCUAACCAGCUGAAACAGAAGAUCCUCAACAUCCUGACCAAUAAGCACGGAGCAUGGGGAACAAUGUCACAGAGCCAAUUACACGACUUCUGGCGUCUAGACUACUGGGAGGACGACCUCAGGAGGAGACGGAGAUUCGUGCGAAAUGCCUUUGGAUCUACUCACGCCGACGUGCUGCUCAAAGCUCUCGAUGAGUACAGUACAGAAGACGAGGAGAAGGGACUCAAAAAAAAGAAUUUCCGGAGUCAGUCGGUGGUCACCCAAAACCCGGAGGCAGAGCUCAUGCUGGAGGGAGACGAUGACGCUGUUAGUCUGCUGCAGGAAAAAGAGAUCGAUAACCUCGCUGGUCCGGUGGUUCUGAGUACUCCAGCUCAGUUGGUAGCACCAGUGGUGGUGGCUCGAGGCACUCUGUCCAUCACUACUACUGAGAUCUACUUUGAGGUAGAUGAAGAAGAUACUGCGUUUAAGAAGAUGGACCCUAAAGUGCUUGCCUACUCGGAGGGUUUGCAUGGCAAAUGGAUGUUCAGCGAGAUCCGAGCUGUGUUCUCCAGACGAUACCUGCUACAGAACACUGGACUAGAAGUCUUCAUGGCCAACAGAACAUCUGUGAUGUUUAACUUCCCCGACCAGGCCACCGUUAAACGGGUGGUCUACAGUCUCCCGCGGGUCGGUGUAGGAACGAGUUACGGUCUGCCACAGGCCAGGCGGAUUUCCUUGGCCACUCCUCGCCAGCUGUUCAAGUCAUCCAACAUGACGCAGCGCUGGCAGCGGAGAGAGAUCUCCAACUUUGAGUACCUCAUGUUCCUCAACACUAUUGCAGGGAGGACCUAUAAUGAUUUGAACCAGUACCCUGUCUUCCCAUGGGUCUUGACCAACUAUGAUUCAGAGGAGCUCGAUCUCACACUACCGGGCAACUUCAGAGACCUUUCCAAGCCAAUCGGUGCCCUGAAUCCCAAACGAGCAGCAUUUUAUGCUGAGCGCUACGAGACAUGGGACGAUGACAGCGCACCUCCUCACCACUACACAACCUUAUACUCCACAGCUCAUUCAACACUGAUGUGGAUGCUCAGAAUAGAGCCCUUUACCACAUUUUUCCUCAGCGCUAAUGAUGGUAAGUUCGACCAUCCAGAGAGAGCCUUUUCUGGCAUCGGUCGCUCGUGGAGGAACUGCCAGAGGGACACGGCUGAUGUGAAGGAGCUGAUCCCAGAGUUCUACUACUUGCCCGAGAUGUUUGUCAACAGUAAUGAGUAUGAGCUCGGGAUGCGCGAAGAUGCAGUUCCUGUAAGUGAUGUGGAGCUUCCCGUCUGGGCCAAGAAACCCGAGGACUUUGUUCGCAUUAACCGCAUGGCAUUGGAGAGCGAGUUCGUGUCGUGCCAGCUUCACCAGUGGAUUGAUCUAAUAUUUGGCUACAAGCAGCGAGGGCCAGAAGCAGUGCGAGCUCUCAAUGUGUUCAACUUCUUAUCCUACGAGGGAGCUGUCACCCUAGACAAUCUAGAUGCUGUCCAGCGUGAGCUGAUUGAGGCCCAGAUUCAGCUUUGUGGUCAGGUGCCCUCCCAGCUGCUGAUCGAGCCACACCCACCUCGGUCCUCCGCCAUGCACCUGUGUUUCCUUCCCCAGAGCCCUCUGAUGUUUAAGGAUCAGAUGCAGCAGGAUGUCAUCAUGGUGCUCAAGUUUCCCUCCAACUCUCCCGUGACACACGUUGCGGCCAACACGCUCCCCCACCUCAGCAUACCAGCAGCCGUGACGGUCACAUGUAGCCGGCUGUUCGCCGUAAACCGCUGGCACAACACUGUCGGCCUCCGUGGAGCUCCAGGAUACUCCCUAGAACAAGCUCAUCAUCUGCCCAUUGAGAUGGACCCUCUCAUUGCAAACAACUCAGGCGUGAACAAGCGUCAGAUCACUGACCUGGUGGACCAGAGCAUCCAAAUUAACACACACUGUUUCGUGGUUACUGCUGAUAACCGUUACAUCCUCGUCUGCGGCUUCUGGGACAAGAGCUUCCGCGUUUACUCCACAGAAACUGGAAAGCUGACCCAGAUAGUUUUUGGCCACUGGGAUGUGGUGACGUGUCUGGCUAGGUCAGAGUCUUACAUUGGAGGAGACUGCUACAUCGUGUCAGGAUCCAGAGAUGCCACUCUUCUUCUGUGGUACUGGAGUGGGCGGCACCAUAUUAUAGGGGACAACCCUAACAACAGUGACUAUCCUGCUCCCAGAGCAGUACUGACAGGACAUGACCACGAGGUGGUGUGUGUGUCCGUCUGCGCGGAGCUGGGAUUGGUUAUUAGUGGAGCCAAAGAGGGCCCGUGCCUCGUCCACACUAUCACAGGGGACCUGCUCAGAGCCCUGGAGGGUCCAGAGCUGUGCCAGCAGCCACGCCUCAUCUCGGUGUCCAGCGAGGGACACUGCAUCAUCUACUAUGAGAGAGGCCGCUUCUGCAACUUCAGCAUAAAUGGAAAACUGCUGGCACAAAUGGAGGUCAACGAUUCGACGCGGGCAAUCCUGUUGAGUAGUGACGGGCAGAAUUUGGUGACAGGAGGCGAUAAUGGAGUUGUUGAGGUGUGGCAGGCGUGUGACUUCAAACAGCUUUACAUCUAUCCGGGCUGUGACGCCGGAAUCCGUGCCAUGGACCUAUCACAUGACCAGAGGACUUUGAUCACUGGCAUGGCGUCUGGCAGCAUUGUGGCAUUCAACAUAGACUUCAACCGCUGGCACUACGAACACCAGAACAGGUACUGAGGACAGUGGACAGUGCGAGGAAGAGGACGAUGGAGAGAGGAGAGGAGGUGAUGCAUUCUGCUGUGUAUCUGCAGCACAGGGGAAACUACAGGUUCAGAGACGAAGGAAAAACAAGUACCGGACCUUAGGCUGUAUUCCCUUGUGAAGUUCACUUGAUUUUAGGACACGACAGCGCUGGUGGAAACGGCUUCCUCUGUGCAUACGUGUAUGUACGCGCACACACGUGUGUAACCACAGACACUUAAUACCCAGAAGAUACACACCAAAACCUGCUAAUAGAAUAAGAAGACUGCAGAGUGGGGAAGGGGGGGAGCAAGGUGAGCAGAUAUCGUAGAGGUCCUUCAUACCUGUACCACUCACAGGACUGGUACAUUUGCUGUUCCUCAAAGAGAUCCUAGGUUUUCUUUUCUUUUCUUUUGGUUAUGUUUAACAUUUUACUUUUCAUUUGAGGAGAUGCCAGCACAUCGAUUAUUGGGUGGAUCAUUAAUGAAAUAUGUAUCUAAACUGAUAAGAAAUGGUCAGAAAUGAACCAGCUCUACCCAUUGUUCAAAAACAGGUGCUAUUGGCUUGAUCUUAAAUUCACCCUUGAAAAAUUGCUGGAAGGUCUAAUUUUUUAAAAUUGUUUAAUCUUGUUUAAUUUCACCUGUUUUAUUCUUUUCUUUUUUUUUUUUUUGAAUAUUCAUUUAGUUUUUUUUGUUCUUUACCCUCAGCAGGCUUAAAUCAGAUUUUUAUGUAAAUAAGGCUCUGCCUCCUUCAGAGUCUACACUUCUACUUUCACUACACGAACUGCGCUUAUCACCUUUAAUUUAUUAAUGACUUGCUGUAUGUAAAAUACUGUGUAAUAAUUAUUAUAAUGUUGACAAGGCUGAUGGUAAUAACGGUGGUAAAUGUUUUGCCGGGGAAGGUAAUGAUAAAGAGGUCUUACCAGUGCCACCAAGGAUGACGAACACAAGACUGACAUGAUUUCCUUUGUAUAUUUGGUGAUCGUUCUGUCAAAUAUGUACAUAUAGUCUCGGUUCAGGCUUGGCGGGAGACUUGAUCAGCUGAAUAAGACUGGAAGCGCAAACUUUCACUUACCCACAUUUGUUGAUUAUUUAAAAAAAAAAACAAAAAAAAGAGAGAGAAUCAAAUCAAUGUAAAAGUUUGUUUUGUAUUUGCACUUUGCACCAAUCACAUAUCAUUAUUUAUUAGCUUGGUUCUUUCUGGUCGGCUGCCAUUUUGUUUAGGUCCAUUUUCCUACGGGAUUAUUUGUGCAUUGAUGUUUGUAUUUAAAACGUUGAGCUCAUGUGUGAUUAUAAGUUUUACAACCUCACAGUUGUAAGCAAUAUCAUGAUUCUGUAGCUGAUAGAGGCGGGACGGAGGGCGGAGAGAGAGGAUGAAAUGUGAGAUGUACCGUAUGUGUGAAGCCAUCUUGAUCAAAUGCGCACAUGCACAUACUCUAUCGACAGGUUCAACUUACGUAUCCAAAAAAAGGUUAAAUAUUUUUGGAUCUAUGAAACCCUAAAAAAAACUAUUGUAUUCAUGUUUUAUUGCAAAGAUGUAAAAUAUGACGUGUGAGUUGGAAAAAAAAUCAUGAUAAGAAAAUAAAAUAUGCAAAGAA